GGGACAGGCACAUGACUGCAGUCAUUGGUGAAGUUUCAGUGCCUGUAUGACAAACGCCAAAGCCAACGGCGACCGCGUUCAAAUUCUAUUUGAUCAUAAUGUAAAUAAAUAACUUUAAUGAAUACGACAAUCUGAACAGAAAGAAUCAUUAGCAUGCGUUACAAAAAGCAAGCACCGUUCAGUAACUUCGCGGUCAAAGUAUAUUUAAUUUUCAAUCAGUUCGUUCCUUCGAAUUCCGAAGGAAACAUGUGUUACCGACUUUUGUAAUGACUAAAGAGUAGAGUGGUUAUUUGUUCAGCUGUUCAUGUAGAGCGAUGUAUCGGGGUUUCGUAAUUUAUACAUAACCCUUAGCACGAACGGUUCAAGUUGCACUGCUUGUGAAGACUCCUUGCUUGUCGGUCAGAAAAGAGAACUAAUAAUAGAAAAAUAUGAUGAUGAACAAGAUGUUUAAAAAAUAUAACUGUACGUUAUGAUAAUGAAUAAAGUAGUGUAGUAUAUUUUGUAUGUAUACAUUAGGUGAGUGUAGUGAAUUGUGUUCAACGUUGGAUAUGAAGUCGUUUGCAGUGUGUGUUAGCGUUUCGCUGUUCAUUUAUAUUAAUGGUGCCAUGGCGCAGUGCGGCGGGACGGCGAGGUUGACUUUUGUGCGAUGGUCAGGGAUGUCUCCAGAGGGUGCAGCUCCCGUGUUCGUGUAUUCAGCGAGUGGGGACGAGGAGUCCUUGGCCGGCGCUUGCCUGGCCCGGUGUAGAGAGUUGCCGGACUGCGCUGCGGUUGCCGUCGCAUACAACAAGGGCAACUGCCACGGCGUCGCAGCCAUGAGGGAUGUCGAGCUGCGACAAGACUACGACGUUUCCUACUUCAAAAAAAUAUGCUUGGAACUGAGUGAAGGAUGCACAGAAAGUUGGUGGGCCUUGGAGAGUACGCCGGGCUAUAAUUUACACGCGGAAGAAGCCAGAGUAAGGGUUAUGGCCAACGUUACUGUGCGCGAAUGCUACUCCGCCGUGCUAGCAGGCGAAACAGGUCAACAUUAUAGGUCAGCUCAGUGGGUGGGGCCCCAGGCUUCAAUCAACGCAGAACUGGUGAAGAUGUCAGAGGAGGACGUUGGCAACUGUAUACUUAGCUCGGAGGACAAGUUUACUGAGCCCGAGUCAUAUCGCGUCUCCAACUACUACACAUUCUACAUAGAAAACCAGUGCAGGCAUGACUAUCCAAGGAAAAUUGAUCGAUGUUCCUAUGAGGAAUAUUAUAAUCAGACACUGAAACAUGUCGAACUUACUACCAAGAAUCGUACUAAAGAUGAGUGUAAAGCAUUGUGUGAAGUGGAGCAGCGUUUCGUGUGUCGCGGCUUUACGUGGACAGAGAGGCCUGGGGCAUCAGCGCGCGGCCUGUGCGACCUGCACAGCGAGGACCUUGUCACCACAGGGUCGUGGCUGCUGCGUCGCACCUCGCCUGCCACCUUCUACCGGCGGGUCAUCUGCCUCAAUAUCACGGUGGACUGCGAAGGUCCGAACCUAGUGGUGACGUACCGACCGCGCGGCGUAUUCCGUGGCAGGGUGUACGUGCCGGGGCGCGGCGAGCGGUGCGGUGCCCGCGCCUCUGGACGCGCCGUCAGACUGACCCUACCACUGUACGGCGAUUGUGACGUCAACUUCGCGUAUGCGAUAACGAAGACGCCAACAGGCACCAUGAACAGGACCAUGGCGUACGUAAUAGUUAUGAUUCAGAACAACCCCAUCAUCCAAACGGCGGGUGACCGCUGGGUGCGCGUCGGCUGUUCCCCGGGGGCAAGAACUUCUACACACGCGGUGGAUGCUACGGUUAACGUCAGAGAUACAAGUAAACCUUCUCAGGUCAGCGAAUUGUCGAACGGGGCAGCACCAGCGUCUGCCAGUGCGGUGUACAACGCGAAUACGGCACCUUUGACGAUGUACGUGGUGCGUGCCGUAGAUGACAGUCCCAACGCAGCCGCUGCCGUGUCAUUGGGAGAACCGCUAGAACUACGUAUAGAGACCACAGAUAAUAACGAAAUUGAAGCUUAUCACCUUGUGGCUUCAUCACGACUCGGCGACAGCUCCGUGCUUCUAUUAGAUAGCCGUGGUUGUCCUACAGGGCAGGUUGACUUUCCAUCCUUCAGCAGAACUAAGUUGGGUGGGACUCAGAGACUAUCUGCACGUUUCAAAGCAUUCCGCUUUCCAACAUCACAUGUAGUCCGGUUCGCUCUAAUGGUCAGAUUUUGCGAAGGGCAAUGUGCACCGGUUAACUGCGUGAACCACCAAGGUAGAUCAGCAAGAGAUACUAACGAUACGUCAUAUCAAUUGGAUAGUAAUGGCAUUGAGGCGACAGUCAAAGAGGAGAGCUGGCAUGACAGUAGACUGGGCAAUGUUCCUAAUGGCGUGGUUGCACAAGGAGGUGCAGCUCUUUGCGGUGCUUCUGAUGGCCAAGUGCCACUCGAAGUGGAAAUGGUAGUCGGCUCCGGAGAUGUGCUCUCAGCUGACACUUUGAUCCACGCAGAUCACCAGGCCAAUAUACCUGAGGAUAUAACUGGCAAUGACGAAGCCAUGGUGUGCGUUCACGAAUUGCUGCUGGUAGCGCUCGCGCUCGCGUGGCUGGCUGUACAAGUGCUGCUCUUGGUCGGAUGCUGCGUACUCGUCAAGAGGUACAGGAAAUUGGCUGAGUUGAGUUUACAAAAGGACUACCAAUCGUUUGACAACGUCGGCUUCGACAACGUAUCGACCCAUCGCCGCGUGCACUGGCCGGAUCAGAACAUCGACAUACUGCACGCGAAUUGAUUGUUGACAACUGCUAUCUGCUUAGUGCCUGCCCAGCACCCCUAGCACGAACCAAUGUCGAAUUCGUUACGUUUGCGAGUGGAAAUCGUCAUCGAGAAAUUUUGUACGGAAACUUGAUCAGUGCAGCGCCACAACGGACGUAACGAGUAUUAAAAAUCAGUAGCACGAUCUUCUUGACAUUUGAGGCGUAUCGAGAUCGAAUUCAACUAUUCGAAUUCGAUAACAGUUCGUGCUUAGGGUAUUGAUACACGCGCGAUUCAUACAAACGCGGUUUCGUACUUCUCCGCGCGAUCAUGAAGCUGAAGAAGAUUAUUGUAUUCAAAACAUGGGUGAAGGCAUAUGAAAACGCGCGUAAAUUGCGUCAUUUAGACGGUUUCGGACAGUAGCAGUGGCGUAGCGUGACGAGGGUUCAUGCGUGCCAUUCCAGGCGCCACUUUUAGGGAGAGAGAAACGACAAAUUGUUCUAUUUUUAAAGAAAAAGCACCUCACCGGGCUGGGAAUGAACAUUAAAAAUGUUGUAUCAAACGUGCAAAUAAGUGCUUUCGCUUUAUUUCACUUGAAUCAAGUAUACAAUAAUUCGAAAAAUUACUCUGGAAUUUAGUCCUUUGAAGGAAUCCGGGGAACCAUGCAGCAAGAAAAGUGGUGAAAAGCUUUUUCUAGGGAUGGACAAAAUAAAUAUUUUCCCUAGUUUUAAAGAUUACCUUUAGUAUAGGUAAAGUAUUUCUAUUUAGAAUUUACAAAAGAAAUAAUAUUUUUUUAAUUUUAUGUCUGUCUGAAACCUGGACCAAAUAAAAAUAUUUUCUAGUAAAUUUUUCUAUAGAUUUACAAAAUAUUUUGUGAGUUUAACAUUCUUAAAUCUAAAGAUCAGUACCCCUAGCACGAACCAAUAUCGAAUUCGUAUCGUUUGCGAGUCCGAAAUGUCAUUGUCAAAUGUGUACUGAUUUAUAGUUCUCGUUACGUACUUUGUGCCGCUGCUGUUCCAGUUUCCAUACAAAAUUUGACAUAACAUUUCGUUUUGCAAACUAUUUGAAUUCGAUAUUAGUUCGUGCUAGGGAUACAGUACCCUUAGCACGAACUAAUAUCGAAUUCGAUCAGCUUGCUGGUGCGAACUGUCAUUGUCAAAUUUUGUAUAGAAACCAGAACAGCAACGCCACAAAGGACGUAACGAGAACUAAAAAUCAAUACACAUUUGUCAUUGACAUUUCGCACUCGCAAACUAUUCGACUUCGCACUCGUAAACAAUUUGAAUUCAAUUUUGUAUGGAAACUUGAACAGCAGCGCCACAACGGACGUUACGAAAACUAAAAAUCAGUACACUUUUGACAGUGACAUUUCGCACUCGCAAACUAUUCGAAUUCGAUAUUAAUUUUUUUAGAGGUAGGUCUGACAAAUGACUUUACCCCACCUGAUGUGAAGUGACGGUGAAGUCCAGACGUGAAGAUGGCUGGUACAGCAGUUAUACCUGCCACUCCAGCCAUCCUUACCUUGUCGGCCUGCAUGUUGCUUCUUCAAGUCUCUUUGAAAGGAUCCCAGGUUCGUGGUUCGUGCUAAGGGUACUGAUAUCUGCGUAAUAGAUCGUAACGUAGGGAUACUGGAGUAGGUUAUACUUAGUAAUAACUGUAAAUUUUAAAUUUAAGCGAGGUAUUCAGUUUGCUACCUUAUUUGAAGUAAAUGAGUUCUUACUGUUACAAAACAAUUACCUACCUACCUAUUUUUCACAAGCAGCGAAUCCUUAUAAAUAAAUAUAUUCAUCAUUGUUUUUGUUACAUAUUAUUUGUUUUCUUAAGUAAAUUAUAAAUAAAUAUAAUAAAUAAAAAAACUUUAGUGAUUCAUUAUUUAUAAUAUCACAAAAAACCUUUUUGCAUUUAGUUCGU